UGUCCGACGUAUCUCACCGGACAAUACCCACCACUCGCAUUCACAUAAUGGCCUUGGACGGCAUAGUCAACGUGAACUCACUUUUCUCAAUUGCCCUCUUCAUAGGCCUCACUUGGUUCCCUACCACCGACCUCAGCUCCAUGCUACUAGGCUCUAACAAAGCUUGUGCUGCCGGUACCGAUACGGCGGAAGGACUCAUCUCCUUCCACGUCUACUCUUUCAGCUCCUUCCUUUUCUCCAGCCUCAUUGCCUUGGCUCUCAAGCAAGCCAUCAAAAUUAGCGAGUGUUGUACUAGUAGUAGAAAUGGUGGCUCGGAUUCUGAGUUGCUUGGUGCCAACAUGGGCCAUGUUAACCAGGUGGGUUUGCGGGUCGGUACGCUGGUCUCGGCGUUCGGGUCGGUUUUCGGAUGUGGGUUCUUGAUGAUGGCCUUGGUGGACUUGGUUCAGAUCAAAUUGGGGAGGUUGAGUUGUGGAGAUAUGUAUACUUUUGCUGCAAUUGGUCCUUUGGUGACUUUGGUCCCUUUGGCUCUUGUGAUCUAUAUCUUUCUUGUGCUUCAUGCCUUUACUCGUUAAGGUAUCGAUGAAGCUUAUACAACCCUCUCAAUUUAGUUGUGAGUUGUAAAUGGUUCAUUAGAUCCCUUUAGGCUUUGAAUCAUUGCUAGA